AUACUUAUCAAUCGCAACUCGCGAAAGUUCCUUUCUUUUGUAAAGUCGCCCCUUCCCACUUCGUCUCCGUUGCAGAAGUAGUGUUUCACUGUUUCUUGCUGCUUGUGCUCUAUGUGGGUCGCGUGAAGGGAACUUCAUCAGCACAGGAUGGAUUUCCAGGGAUUCCUAAACGACUUGCAGGAUUGGGAACUUUCUAGAAAGGAUAAAACACGAGCACAAAAGGAAAAUGCUUCAUCUUCACAGCUUACUGGAUCCGUGGGUGUGGAGAAGGCAUCAAAAGGAGAUACCAUUUCUUUUGAUCGUGCAAGAAAUUCUCCAGGACAGUAUGAUUUGUCAAGAAUUAAUGAUCCUUUCAAUCGUGUGCAUAGUAGUUUUGUUCCUGAAGAUGUUCCUGAUGCUGUUUCUGAGAAAGAUCUGGGUAAUGAGUUUUUCAAGCAGAAAAAGUUUAAGGAAGCUAGAGACUGCUAUUCAAGGAGCAUUGCCUUAUCACCAACAGCUGUCGCAUAUGCAAAUAGGGCAAUGGCCAAUAUCAAGCUCAGAAGAUUCCAAGAGGCUGAGGAUGACUGCACAGAGGCCUUAAAUCUUGAUGAUCGUUACAUAAAAGCAUACUCACGAAGAGCAACGGCUAGAAAAGAACUUGGAAAAAUUAAAGAAUCGAUGGACGAUGCUGCAUUUGCCUUGAGGUUGGAACCAAACAAUCAAGAAAUCAAGAAACAGUAUGCUGAUGCUAAGUCUUUGUAUGAGAAAGAUAUUCUUCAGAAAGCCUCAGGGGCUCUGAGAAGCACUGUUCAGGGAACUCAAAAAUCUCAAAAGUCAGAGGAAAAAAUUAAUGGAGGCAGCAUCCAACCCAUUUCACAUAGUACUCAAAAGUCUGGACUAGCUGAAGUUAAUCAUCAUAAAAAGGAUAAUGAACAGCAAAUACUUGUUAAAGAAUCACUCUUAACAGAGGAUGUUGAUAGCAGAGAAACAAAAGCCAGAAGCAGGCCUCAAUCACAAGGAGGCGAUGGCUCUAAAGAAGGUUUGAGUGCAAGCAACAGUUUGGAGCAGAGAAAUCACAGCAUUACUAAGCUGGAAAUGAAAGCAUCUGUGCAACAGCUUGCUUCUCGUGCUGCUUCUAGAGUCGUGGCUGAAGCUGCCAAAAAUGUAACCCCUCCAACUACAGCUUAUCAGUUUGAGGUCUCCUGGAGAGCAUUUUCAGGUGAUCUUGCUCUGCAGGCUCGUCUAUUAAAGGCUAUAUCUCCCCAUGAAUUACCGAAAAUAUUCAAAAAUGCCUUAUCUUCUGCCAUACUAAUUGAGAUCAUCAAGUGUCUUGCAUCUUUUUUCACGGAGGACAUGGAUCUGGUUGUCAGUUAUUUGGAGCAUUUGACCAAGGUACCAAGAUUUGACGUGAUUGUAAUGUGCCUUUCAUCAACAAAUAAGGAUGACAUACGCAAGAUCUGGGAUGAAGUGUUCAGUAGUGAGGCAACACCAAUUGAGUAUGCAGAGAUUCUGGACAACCUCCGAUCAAAGUUCGGCCUUGGACAGUGAAAUCUUCACCUGUAUGUUUGAAUGUUUUUUUUUCCUCUGUGGAUCCUCGCCCUUCCGCAACUAUCUUCACUUGUAAAUUGUUAUGCUAUUGAAUGUUUGAGCAUUAUUGACGCUCAAGUUGAUCCAUCUUUAAGCGAUUAGCUAAAAGUGGAAGGAAAAAAAAACAAAAGGCUCAUGUGUAAUGCUUGAGGCUGAGGUUCCAGUACGUUUUAAUGUUUUUUUCCCUUAAGGAUUUGGGUCUUGUCAAAUGAGGAAAAGUAAAGGAAAUAAUUUUAGUUGAUAACGAGAAAAUCAACCGAUGAAAUUUUAUUACAUUUGUAAUUUACUAUAAUUUUGUA